AUGAGCGGCCACCUGGGCCAGGUCCUGCAGUUUCAUCUGCGUCUUUACCAGCUGCUGGGCUUUCAUGGAAUUGCGCUACCAGGCGAUAAGAGCCCAGGCCGGAUGAGGAGGCGUUUGCGGGCUUGGGCUCUGUUCCUGCUGGUCUCCCUGAGUGCCCUUGUGCUGUGGUGCCUCACCAGCAACGAUGAUUUCCUCUACCGGGGCGACAUGUUUGGUUACGCCAACGAUGCCUUAAAGUACGUUUUCGCCGAGUUGGCUGUGGUGGCCAUUUACGUGGACACUCUGACCAGUCAACGGCACGUGGCCAACUUCUGGUGGCUCCACGCCAAACUCACCCAGCGAGUGGGAGCGGUUAGUCUGAGGAGCGAACUGCGGCAGUACCGUCGCUACCUGAUCUGCCUCUAUGGAAUGAUGAUGUUCGAACUGCUGCUGCACUUGGGCCUGUGGCAGAUCCAACCGCUGACCCACCACAUGGCUCUGUUCUGGAUGACCUACGAGCCGUUGGUCUGCCUCACCUACAUGAGGAACGUGCAGUUUGUGCUCCACAUGGAGCUGCUGCGGGAGCAACUGGCCCACUUGGAGCGGGAGAUGGUCUUGCUGGCGCAGUACUCGAAGUUCGCCUGCGAAACUGGCCGUAGCUUUCCCGGCUUUGAGGCCUUCCUCCGACGCAGUCUGCUGCAGAAGCAGCGCAUCUAUAGCGAUGUGUACGACAUGUUCCGGUGUUUCCAAGGCGCCUUCAACUUCUCCAUCCUGGCCGUUAUGCUUACGAUUAAUAUACGCAUUGCCGUCGAUUGCUACUUUAUGUACUACACCAUCUACAACAGCAUAGCCAAUAUAGAUUACUACCUAAUCCUGCCCGCUCUGCUGGAGAUUCCCGCCUUCAUCUACGCCUCGCAGAGCUGCAUGGUGAUUGUGCCGAGGAUUGCCCACCAGCUGCAUAGCAUAGUCACCGAUUCCGGCUGCUGCAGCUUUCCGGAUCUCUCCCAGCAGAUCCAGAACUUUUCCCUGCAACUGCUGCACCAGCCAGUGCGCAUCGAUUGCCUGGGUCUCACCAUAAUGGACUGCAGUCUGCUUACCAGGAUUGCCUGCUCGGUGGGCACCUACAUGAUCUAUACGAUUCAGUUUAUACCAAAAUUUAAGGCUCCGUACAUGUAGUCUGGCUCUGAGAUCUCCCAUUCCAAGUUGAUUUCAAGUGAUUGAUGUUUCCCUUUUUCAUUAAGAAUUAACAUAAAC